GUGUCCUUUAGUGACUUCUCCAAGGUCCCAUGGCUGGUCACCGAGCCCAACUCCCUUUUCCCCCUCCCUGGCCCCAGCCCAGCCUGCACUCUAUAACGUGGGCAGCAUUGGCACCAACUCCACAAAAGCAAGACAGGGGGCUAAUGAACUUCAAGUCUGCGCUUCUCCUCUAAUGCUGUGUGGCUUCUGCUCUCUCCUCUCAGCCCUUUAUCAUCGACGGGUUCAAGUUUGACCUACGGAUUUACGUGCUCAUGACAUCCUGUGACCCUCUCAGGGUUUUUGUGUACAAUGAAGGCCUGGCACGCUUCGCCACCACCUCUUACUCCCACCCCUGCACUGACAACCUGGAUGAUAUCUGCAUGCACCUGACAAAUUAUUCCAUCAAUAAGCACAGCUCCAAUUUCCUGCAAGAUGCUCACUGCGGCAGCAAGAGGAAGCUCUCCACCUUCAACGUGUACAUGAAGAGCCGUGGCUACAACGUGGAGCGGAUCUGGGGGGAUAUUGAUGACGUCAUCAUCAAGACCAUCAUCUCGGCGUACCCCAUCAUCAAGCACAACUACCACACCUGCUUCCCCCACCACACACUCAACAGCGCCUGCUUUGAAAUCCUGGGCUUUGACAUUUUGCUGGAUCACAAACUCAAGCCCUGGCUGCUGGAGGUCAACCACUCUCCGAGCUUCUCCACCGACUCCUGGUUGGAUAAGGAGGUCAAGGACACCUUGCUGUACGACACUUUGGGCCUGAUCAACCUGAGAAGCUGUGACAAAAAGAAAGUCUUGGAGGAGGAGAGACAACGGGGGCGGUCCCUGCAGCUGUGUCGUUCUCGGGAGACCAGGAUGGAGGAAGUCAAGGGUUUUCAGGCCGUGCGUGUGGAGAAAACGGAGAAGUAUGAAAAGGAAAACUGCGGAGGCUUCCGCCUGAUCUACCCCAGUGCAAACUCGGGGAAGUAUGACAAGUUUUUCCAGGACAACAACUCCCUGUUCCAGAACACCGUGGCCUCCAGGGCUCGGGAGGUGCACGCCCGGCAGCUGAUCCAGGAGCUGAGACUUAAACAGGAGAAGAAACCCUUCCAAAUGAAAGAGAAGAGGGUGGAAGUGCAGGGGGAAUCGGCAGGAGAGCAGGCGCGAGGCAAAGGCGUGAGGAGCUGGCCACAGAAACCACGGCAGAAAUGCAAGACCGCCACCAACCUGACCUCCAAACAACACCUCCAGCCCUUCACAUUAGUGUCCUGCCCACCUGACUUGCUCUCAAGUGUCAGAGACCCAAAGAAAGCCGAGACAGACAGCAGCCUCGACCAGGGGACCCCCAGGAAGGAGCCUGGCCCUGCUCCCUGUACGCUUCCCUCUGAAAGGCCUUACAGCUCGGUACCCGACUUGAGGAGUUCCAGCCUUCUCUGCUGCUCCAGGCCAGAGCUCAGGAAACCCAUCUCCAGAAUCAAGGAAGCCAAUCCCGCCUCUGCAGUGAACGCAGUCACCAGCACUGUGCCUCCAACCUCAGUAGAAAACUUUGCCGAAUCCACCAGCCAGGUCUCAGACUCCCCCGAAUCUCCGCUGAGCGUGACUGUGACAACCAGCUCUGAGUGCAGUAGCUCAGAGAUGGACAGGGUGGUCCCCUUUAAAUGCGAGCAGCAGCAGAGGCCUCGGCACCUUAUCCAGGAAAAAAUAUCGAAAAAGUCUCUGCCUACAAAAUCCCAGAGCUUCUUGGGGAAUCUGAAGCCAAGCUGGACUUUGCUAGAGAGUGGCAUGAAGAAGCAACGUCCGGUGUCAGAGCUGUUCACCAAGGUUCAGUUGAGGGAGAAGCUGUCCUUGUCCCCAGCUCACUUCAAUCCAAAACUGGUGCUGAGUGACCAGUCACAAAACCCCUCCCUGCCCCGGAAGUGCUUCUUCCACAGCCGAAGCUCUGGCGAGAAGAGGCAGCUGGAUGUGCCCUCCCUCCUCCUCUUGCAGAAUUCUCACGGCCAUGGUGUUUCUCUGAAAGAUCUGCUGGUGGUUGCCACUCCAGCCCGACUGGAUCCAAGGCCCUGCAGAAGCCACAAAGGUGUCAAGAGAGACCUGUGUAUACGGGAUCAGGAAGCACACAGUCACUGACUGAUCUCUGGUCAAAGAGGAUGUGAGGGGGAACUAGAAUCAGACUGGAUCUCUGCCAUUUUGUUCCUUUCCUCCUCUGACUCCCAGGAAAUGAUCUGUCUCUUCCAACAGUCUCUACGAUGUUCAGAGAAGCAACUGAAAGCUUUAUCUCCUCAUCUAGACAUCUUGGUCUUAUGACUACCUCCCAAAGCGCCACAGAGGCUAACAGCCUUAGCUUUUUGUGCCCUCCCGGUUAGCUUCCAGUGCCGCAGGACCAUGACUUCUGGGAGUUAUUGGUGCGGCUCCAGGACAUACUCCAGUUGCCCCACCAGUGGCAUUGCUCUGGGCCCUCACAUGGCACUGUCAUCCAGCACACGCCCAGGAAUAGGGCAAUAUGAAGAAGAGAGCGGUAUUGCAGAGAAAGACUUUUUCCAGGAGUCCAAAGCCCUCGGGGCACCAACAGGACUGUGUCAGUUGGUCCCCAAUUCCAGAGAGAAAAGACAAAGGGCUGGGCUUGAUGGAGAAUGCUGAGCCCUGAGUAAAGGAGCUGGGUUCUAACUUCACCAGGUAAAGACCAGACCUCCUCGCACACUCACACCUCAGUGCCCAAGCAUCCUCCUGCCACCUCCUUUGCCAGCCCCACUCAAAGUGCCAGCAAAGACAGAGGUGAGAUGAGAGUACCCAGCCUGCGGGUGUUUCUCCCACUGACCUGAAGAAAUGAUGCAUCUUCCCCUCAAGUGUGCAUUAAUAAAGUAAAUUGCGGGAGUUCCCUGGUGGCUCCGCAGGUUAAGGAGCCUACAGUCUCUACAAUGUCCACAGAAGCAACUGAAAGUUUUAUCUCCUCAUCUAGUGUAAAUAAUCCUGCAACAAACAUAGGGGUGCAUGUAUCUUUUUA